AUGUCCCCUGCGUCCAGAGCUGAGGUGACACCAAGGCGCUCCCGGCCGCGGGGGCACGUUGGGCUCUCGGAUCUGCCCAUGCAGGACCCUCACGCGGAAACUCUUGAAUCCUCCGGGAAUUGCGUGCAGGCGGCGGGGCGGGAAGCUGUGGAGUCGGGCUGGCUGACAGUUGAUGGUUGCAUUGACUGGUCAGUGGAUCUCAAGACAUACAUGGCUUUGGCAGGUGAACCAGUCCGAGUGAAAUGUGCCCUUUUCUACAGCUAUAUCAGAACUAAUUAUAGCAUGGCCCAAAGCACAGGUCUUAGGCUUAUGUGGUACAAAAACAAAGGAGAUUUAGAAGAACCCAUUAUAUUUUCUGAAGUUAGGAUGAGCAAGGAUGAAGAUUCAAUAUGGUUUCACUCGGUUGAGUUGCAAGACAGUGGUUUCUACACGUGUGUCCUAAGAAACUCAACCUAUUGCAUGAAGGUGUCCAUGUCCUUGACGGUAGCUGAGAAUGAGUCUGGGCUUUGCUACAACAGCAAGAUCAGAUACCUGGAAAAAUCAGAAGUCACUAAGAGAAAGACAAUCUCCUGUCCUGAUAUCGAGGAUUAUAAAACAGCCAGUCAAGAGCCGGACGUGGUGUGGUACAAGGAAUGUAAGCCAAAAAUGUGGAGAAGCAUUGUAAUUCAGAAGGGAAAUACUCUCUUAAUACAAGAGGUUCAGGAAGAAGAUGGAGGAAAUUAUACCUGUGAACUGAAGUUUGAAGGCAAGCUUAUCCGAAGAACAACGGAACUGAAGGUUACUGCUUUGCUCACAGACAAGCCUCCGAAGCCGCUGUUCCCCAUGGAGAACCAGCCCACUGUUAUAGAUGUCCAGCUGGGUAAGUCCCCUUCUGGGAAUAAUAGAUCCUAA